AGUUCAUAUACAAAAGACAGCCUAGUAGAUGAGAAUAAUUAUCAAUCUGACACUAAUAAAUAACACUCAUAACUUUUGAAUAUAGACAUGGAUAGCAGUUAUGAUAAUUCUGAUGAUGACAAAAACGAGACUUUAGCAAGAAAGAAGGGUGAUACAAUGGAUCAUUCUAAGCUCGAUAAACACAUGAGCAGAGUUGCUAAAGAUAGGGCUGGCAAGGCCGAAGACGACAAGGACAAAGCACUUGGAAAACUCAGAUCUAUCAAUUUCAGAUUAAGAAAGAAGCUCAAAUACCUCAAUGAAAAGGUUGAAAAAGCUAUCGAUCGUACUGAGACAAAGAGAAUUCUUGCCGCGAGAAAGAAAGCUCCUAAAAAUACUGCACACAUGAUCAGAGUUAAAGACAAAGAAAUCGAGAAUGCACAAAAGCAGACUGAAGCAUAUCAGAUUGAAAUCCAGAAAUUACAGCACAAGAUUGAUGAAACCAGUCAGGUUGGGAAAAUGAUUGAGAUGGAGCAAGAAGUCAGAGACCAUAAAGCAGCCAUCAAUGAGCUCAAGAAAGAAAUUAAAGACAAGGAAUUACUCCUUGAAAAUUUAGCCAAAUCUGAUGACCCAAGUUACAAGAUCAAGAACAUGAUCAAUGAAAUCAGAAUGUGGAAGGAGAAAAUCCAAAGCAGAGCAGAACUCUACGAGAAGAACGAGAAUAAUGUAAAUGGCCAGAGCGAAAGACUCCCUGAAAUUGAGAAAGAAAAUGAUGAACUCAUGAGCCAAAUACAACAUCUAGAUGCCAAAAUAGAUCUAGAAGCCAGCAAGGGGAAGGAUAAGAAAGUGAAGAAAGAUCUAGAAGACAUUGGUGAAAGUGUUAAGACUUCAAAAGAACAAUAUGAGAUGUGAAAGAAAAAUAAUGAAAAGGAAAUCAGAGCCCAGCAGAAAAAGACUGAUGAAGUUUUUAAAGAAAGAGAUGACUUAUACAGGAAGUUUAAAGAAUUAGAACAAGAGAAAAGAAUUUCCAGUUUGAAGCUGAGAGAAGUAGCAAGAAUGCUCAAGCAUAACCAGUUAAAUCCGAUAAUGCCAAUUAAAACAAAGAAUGGUCUGACGGCUAGGAGAGGAGAACCUGGAAAGAAGAAGACUUUAAACCAGCGUGGGUCAACAAGUAAUCUUCAUUCUGGAAUUAAUUCGAAAGGAAAGUCUGUAUUGAGCGGGGAAAAGAAGUUGAAUAGAGGUAAGAAUAAUCAGUCUACACAACUUCUUCACAAGCAGAAGCAAUAUUCCAAGCCUAACGACGAUAGCGAUGAAGAUUUGGAAAAGAAUCAAGUCAUAGAUUACUCAAAAAUUAAAAGGAAAGCUUAA